GCUUUCAUAAUUUUGAAGGCAAAACGUACUCAUUAAGUUCUCACAACAAGCGAAAGAGUUAAAAUAACACUAAAGUGGGCUUUAAAAUAAAAAAGAAAGCUGUACGGGGGUUUCAGUUCACGUUCGUUUGGUUUUCUGGGAGGGGUACCUUACUGUGACCUUUAUGUAAGGAUCUAGACGCAGGACGAGCGGGUCAGAGACAGGAGGAGAGACUCGGACCGACCAAUCGUAGUAUCCAGGAUCUGGGCUCUUUAUUUUUGAGACGUCUUUUGUCUCAUCUGAUCUACAAGCGAGGAGUAAAACCAGCCAGUUACAUUUGCAACGUAUUCAAGUACCUUCUUCACUCGUAGAGAUCUGUCACACAGAAAUCAUGGAAGCCAUCGCCAAGUACGAUUUCAAUGCAACUGCGGAUGACGAGUUAAGUUUUAAACGUGGGCAAAUUCUAAAGGUAUUAAAUGAAGAAUGCGACCAGAACUGGUACAAAGCAGAGAUGAACGGUAGAGAUGGUUUUAUUCCCAAGAACUACAUCGAGAUGAAAGCACAUCCGUGGUUUUAUGGGAAGAUCCCCAGGGCCAGGGCUGAGGAGAUUUUGAAUAAACAGAGACACGACGGCGCUUUUCUCAUCAGAGAGAGCGAGAGCACGCCAGGAGACUUCUCCCUCUCCGUCAAGUUUGGGAACGAUGUGCAGCAUUUUAAGGUGCUGCGUGAUGGAGCGGGGAAGUAUUUUCUCUGGGUGGUGAAGUUUAAUUCUCUAAAUGAACUGGUGGACUACCAUCGUCUGACCUCAGUGUCACGAAGUCAACACAUCCUUUUACGAGACAUUGAGCAGCAUCCCACCUAUGUGCAGGCACUCUUUGACUUUGACCCACAGGAGGACGGAGAGCUGGGUUUCCGACGCGGAGAUUUCAUCCAGGUCCUCGACAACUCUGACCCCAACUGGUGGAAAGGGGCGUGUCACAGCCAAACGGGCAUGUUCCCACGCAACUACGUCACGCCCGUCAACCGGAACAUGUAAAGCGGGGACACGCACAGAAACACACACACUGACACAAACACACACACACACACGCACACGCGCACACACACGCACCUACAGCCGCUUAAAUCCUUAGACGUCUUCUGAAACUGAGAAAAAGAGCAGAAAUCUGAGAAGAGAAAAAAAAACAAAAAAAAAACAACCUCUACAUAAAGAAUACAAAGUGGGCCAAGCAGCUGUCUUAUCCUGAGAAUCUCUUGUCAUCCUCUGAAACACUUUCAGCCAGAACCUAACCUCCUGUUAGCGUAAACGAGUUCAGGAGAAUUCUGAGCAUAGAGCAACAAAAUUAACUUAAAAACCACAGUCACCGAUCUGUGUUCUCCUCUCCGAUCUGUCUAUUUGUUUGUUUGUUUGUUUUCUUUUCUGUCUUGGCCGCAUGUUGUAAUCACUGAAAAAAAAAAAAAAAUCAAUAAUAGUAAACCUUAACGCUGUUUUAUGGUUAAAGAAUAAAAAGA